AUCGGACGGAUCGGAGUUGGCGAGCGACGGAGGAACCCUAACCUAUAUAAGAGAAGAAGAGCUAUUUCGCAGGCAACUUCCGAUGGCGGCGCUUCGAGUAGCGGCGAGGAGGCUCGCCGGCGGUGGCCAGACGCCGGCGGUGGCUGUGGAGAAGGCGCAACGCCGGUUCUUCCCGAGGCUCUCCCAGGUCAACCGGGCUAUGUCCACCACGUCCUCCGCUGCUGCUGCCGCAGACACCAAUGGCUGUGAAGAUCGGGAGAAACUCCUGACAGAGAUCCAUAACAUGACAGAGGAGCUGUACGACAAGGUUUCGCAUGCGCAAAGGUUCUACAAUAUCCCUGGUAGGGAAGGCAAAAAUAUCAGUCGGCUGCACGAGGAGCUUGCCACGCAAGUGGGGCCUAGACCCGGCGAUGACUCCUGGCGCAUGUUACGAUUGAUGCAUACAUUAACGUAUUACGGUGGAUUUGCGUCUUUUAUAUUCACCACAUAUGUGCUCACGAGCAUGGCCAUUGGUUCGAUCGUUGAAUUGGAGCCAGAUGAAAAGCAAUGGAUCAAGAAGAAAAGAGGGGAGGCACGCAAGCAAGUGAAACAAAAUGAUUGAGAGCCAUGUUUAUGAAUGGUAAAGGUCCAAUAAAAGGUUGCUAGUGUGUUCUUGCAUGAACAAUCAUCGAUCGCUUUGUAUGACCGAACUAACUGGUUAGUACCAAGUUGUCUAGAUGUUAUGCUAUAUCUAUUUAGUGUCUCCCUGUUCUAUGUUUGUUGAAGAUAUAGAAAUAAUGAGUUCACAGCU